AAGUCUGUGCCACCACAGUUUCUAAACAAAACUGUGGUGUCUUGUGCGUCGAACGCUACUCCAAGUGUAGAUCCCCACGUAGCUGCCAAAAAUCUUGUGUGCCCAUGUCACGAAGAAAAUCCGUCAGUAAGGAAUGGGAAGUGAGAGCUUCUACUUUGGCGCGUAAAACAAAUAACUUAAUUAGAGACAUAAUACAGAAUCUCCAGGUGGAACCAAACCCUGAAAAACAACUGAUUGCGCUUUCAGUAGGAGACCCGACGACGUUCGGUAACUUGAACCCCCCGGAGCAAGUGCUACAGGCAGUGCGGGAGAGUGUUGACCUGCACACCAGCCGCGGCUACGGACCCAGCUAUGGGUACCCCGAGGCCAGGCGCGCCGUGGCGCAGUACAGCGCGCACCAGGGCGACGUCUCACCCGAUGACGUGAUCCUCUGCAGCGGAUGCUCUCACGCGAUAGAGAUGGCUAUCACAGUGUUAGCAGACUCUGGACAAAACAUUCUUGUCCCCAAACCAGGGUUUAUGAUUUACAAGACCCUGGCUGAAGGAUUAGGCAUUGAGCUGAAAUACUACCGAUUACUUCCUCACCAACAAUGGAAGAUAGACUUAGAAGAUCUAGAAUGUCAGAUAGACGACGAUACGGCAGCGAUCGUUGUAAUAAACCCAUCGAACCCAUGCGGAUCAGUCUACACAAAAGAACAUUUAAGCGAUGUUCUGGACAUAGCCUCCAGGAACAAAAUUCCUGUUAUUGCUGAUGAAAUAUACGAGCACAUGGUUUUUUCAGGAAAUGAGUUCACUGCAAUAUCUUCAUUGUCAAAAGACGUGCCAGUGCUCACCUGUGGCGGCUUAACAAAACGAUUUUUGGUCCCGGGUUGGCGAAUGGGUUGGGUCAUUGUACAUGAUCGCCAAAAUGUUUUUGGUAAAGAAGUCCGCAAGGGUUUGACUAAUUUAUCAGCAAGAAUCGUCGGUCCCAACACCAUAGUUCAAAGAGCGCUGCCCUCCAUCCUGAGUCUCACUCCGCAAAGCUUCUUCGACGAUGUGAUACUGUUCAUUGAGAAUAACGCCAAAAUGGCAUACGAUAUGUUACGUCGGGUGGUUGGCUUACGUCCCACAAUGCCACAAGGGGCCAUGUACAUGAUGAUUGAAAUAAAAAUGGCGCAGUUAACAGAUAUUAAAGAUGAUCUUGACUUCGUAGAGCGUUUGAUGUGUGAGCAGUCUGUCUUCUGCUUACCCGGAAAGUGUUUCGAAUAUCCAAACUACAUGAGGAUAGUGCUGACGGUGCCUAACGAUAUCCUCCGUGAGGCAUGCAAGAGGAUCGACGCUUUCUGCCGAGACCACGCCGCUCAACGCGAGAACAUAAAGGCCGUAGACAACUUCGCCGUGACUCUACCCGCUGAUGAAGAAGUUUAUUGUGAAAAUGAGGUGCCAUCUGUUCUAUAAUUAAUUAAGUAAACUAUAACUAAGAUAAAUUUUGUAUAAGCCUAGGUACUUUAAGUUAGCAAAUAAAAAUAGGGUCGGAAUUCAAAGACAGUAGGACAAAAGUUUGAGAAAAUAUGUAACUAGGUAGGUACUUAGGUACUUACCGCUGCGUUGAGAUAAGACGUAAAUUUUAAUUUUGAUUUAUGAAUAAUGAGCCUUUUCAACAAAACCAAUGCUGAAAUUAAUAAAGUUUGUAAAAUGUUAAACUGAAA